CAGUUGGAUUUUAUGCGCCAUGGGGACACUGUAAAAGCUUCCUCUUGGACAGGAUCCGAGAUUAUAUGCGUCUUCAGUCAUGGAAAAAAGACCAGCAGGAAUUCAAGCGGACUGGACUGAAGCAGCGAGGGACUUCAGGUUGGGAUCUGGUCUCCAUUGUCUUCCUUAUGAUCUUCUACCGUCCCAUCUUGACCCAGCAGCACCGGCAGAGAACAAACUUUCAACACAUCUUUAUCCACUUCAGUGCCUGGGAAUAUGCCGGGAGUGACCAUCUCUGGGCGGGUCUCAUUACCGCCCUGUGCGAUGGCAUUGAAAGCCAUUUUGGCCUCAUCCCCAUGAGUGUCUACAGGGCCAUGGGCAGGAAAUGCGGCAUUGUGGAGGCCCCUUUCUGUAAGGAAUGGGUCAGCAAGAAGUAUCUCUGUCUGCCAUUAUGGGCUGCUAUUCUCUUGGUGUCGGGUGUGGCUGUUGGGGUUGCUGCCCUCAUCUUUGUUUACGGCAUCCCUGUCGGCAAUGCUUCUGGGGACGCCAUUGCUAUUGUUGAGGGCGUUGGGGCUACAGCGGUCGGAAUCACUGCAGCGGCGGCUGUCAGGAUGGCGGUCAUGGUGGCACGAAAUGUCAUCAUCACCCAGAAGGCCCAGCUGGAGAGGCAGAUGAACCGGAUGGACCUCAGCGCCCAGCUGGGCUUCAUGAGCAACGUGAAGAGGGAAGUGAAGAUCAUUGCCAAGUUCCUCCAGUUCAUGGAAAUCUUUCAGCGGAGGAAACUGCGGGUGGUGCUGGAGAUCACCAGCUUGGACAACUGUAGCCCUGACAAAGUGGUGGGCGUCCUCGAUGCCAUGAACAUCCUCCUCUCGGACUAUGAGGCACCUUUUGUCUCCAUCCUGGUGGCUGACCCGAGUGUCAUCGUGGACUGCGUGGAGAACUCCCUGUACAUGAAAGGGAUGGCCAGGAAUGGCUAUGAGUUCUUGAACCGCAUAAUCACUCUCCCCUUUUCGGUCCCCAAGAUGGACAGCAACACCAAGAUGCAACUGAUUAAAAGAGCUGUAGACUUCAGGGAGGAGCAGGAGAGAAACCUUGAGGACGAGGAUGGACUGGGAGAGGGGAACUUUCCACAGGAAAACCAGGCGAGGCUUCCCUCUGGGUCAGCCCUUGGCCUUUGCUGUGAUUCUGCUGAUCGGAAUGCCCCCAGUCAAAACAGCGACGACAGCCAGGUGCCUUUAGUUGUUGUGAGACCUGCGAAGGAAGAGACACCAAAAAGAAGAUGCAGGAAAGGCUUCAAAGCCAAGGACCUGAUCCAGGAGGCCUUUGAGUUCCUGCUAGAUGAAAGCAUGAAGGAGUACAUGACGGACAACAUGGUGCACAUGAAACGGAUCAUCAACACCAUCUCCAUCACCAUCCGGCUCAUGGCGACGGAAGUCCCCCGGGAAAAGCUCUGUCUGCAGAAGGUGGUGUCUUGGGUCCUCCUGGCCAACCAGUGGCCUUGCCGAUUGAGCUGGAUCUUACAGUGCAUCGAGGACGAUGAGCAGAUGGGCUGCUUGGGCAUGUGCCAAGGGUGCCAGCUGUCUCCCAACCUCUUCCUGGGGGAAGUGUACGAGAAGUACAUGGAAGAGCUCGACAUGAUCAAAGGUCAGCUGGAGAAGCUGUUGGAGCUGGACAGAGACCCCGAGCUCUUCCACAGCUUCCUUGGGAGGUUCCGGGUGGAGGACGCCAACUUCUUCCUGCCCUACACGGUCAACCUGGACUCCUCCUUGAAGAGGCACAUGGAGCUACUCCGAGGCAGCCACAGCUUAAAGCGAACCAAGCGAAUCCACCAGCUUUCCAAGUGUGUCCUGCUGGGGUUGUCGGUGGAUGAGGUCUGCAAGGAGAUGGACAAACUUGGCUUGAAAGAGGAGAAUGCCCAGCAGUAUAAAGAGAGGUUGCAGGAGCACAAUCUGAACGGGCGGGCUUUGGCCUACAGUGACAGAAAUGAAAUCAGAGAGGCUCUUGGCAUGGGCCUGGGGGAGUGGAUGGCCUUCAGCGCGUAUUUCCUUGGCCGGGUGUCCCCUCACAGCUGUUACCCUUCUGCAUCAUCUCCAGUGCCGCUCUUUGCAGAGAAGAACUGGCUAAGAGGACAAGAGAAUAUGCCCAGAGGGAGUAGGUUGUCCAUGAACCUUUCCAAGGAAAGCCUUCUCUGUUAAACUGGUUUCUAAGCAUCUGAGAUGUACUGGAGCGGUUGCUGGACCCUAGAGCAAGACCUGGACUUGCUAGAACUGCUUCUGCAUCUGUUUAGUUCUCAUGGUAGGUUUGGCCGAGUGCUGAAGAUGAAGGUGG